AUGCGGAAGUGUAAGGUUUUUGUGGGCAAUUCCCAUCCAGAACUCGGGAAUUUGGUAUGCCAAAGACUGGGCAUAGAACCCGCUCCAUGCACGCUGAAAAAAUUCGCCAACGGCGAGACUUCGGUGCAAAUCGGCGUUUCUGUGCGUGACGAGGACGUGUACGUAAUCCAGUCUGGGUCUCCAGCCAUCAAUGAUCAUAUCAUGGAGCUGUUGAUCCUGGUUUCCGCAUGCAGAGGCGGUUCUGCUAAGAAAAUCACAGCCGUUGUGCCACAAUUCCCAUACUCUAAACAGUGCAAAAUGAAGAAACACAGAGGCGCCAUCACGGCCAGAAUGCUUGCCAAUUUGCUUAUCAUGGCUGGUGCGGACCAUGUCGUUUCUAUGGACCUCCACGCCUCGCAAAUGCAAGGCUUCUUCAGCAAACCCGUCGACAACCUUUACGGCGGGCCCAGCUUGGCCAAGUGGAUCAGAGAAAAUGUCGAAGAGUUCGCUGACGCAGUGGUUGUAUCGAAAAACCCAGGUGGCACCAAGAGAGUCACGGCACUAGCAGACUCGCUCAAAAUAAAUUUCGCCAUGAUUCACACCGAUCGUCGCCGUUCAAAGGAUUUGUAUGCCCAAAACAGGAAUAAGACCCAGCUCAUGCAGAGAAAGCAGUCUAUGUUAAGGAAAAACAAGCCUAUUAUCAGGCCCGGAGAAACUCCCGGCGAGGAGGAAAACAUCAUCCUUACAAACGGUAUGCAGACUGCAAGAGUAGUCAAGGGACACGUUGUCGACGACGACGAUUACGCCGACGACGCAUGCAUUUCUGAAUCAGAAAACGACUCAGAUGCACUUUAUUCCACCGAUUCUUACGCCCUAGGAUCUUACGACGCCGUUGACUCGGAAGACGAAGAGGGUCCCGAAUUCGUUGACCAAGAAAAGUUGAUCACUUUGGUUGGAAACGUCCACGGACGUUCUGCGAUUAUACUGGAUGACAUGAUAGAUAGACCUGGCUCUUUUAUCAGCGCGGCGGAGCAUCUGGUGAAAAAUUGUGGAGCUAAGAAGGUCUACAUCAUAGCUACCCACGGUGUUUUCACUGGUGACUGCUUAGAACAAUUGGAGAGCUCCAGCUCAAUUCAUCAGGUUGUCGUCACAAACACAUAUCCCAUCUCCCAGCAAAAAAUGCAAUGCUCCAACAAGCUGGUGGUGAUUGAUGUAUCGUCCAUUUUUGCAGAGUGCAUUCGCCGUGACCACUACGGAGAAAGUAUCUCUGUUCUUUUCGACUCUUUGGCAUCGUUGUGA